UGCAAAGCUUCGUUGUUAAGUUUUUUUAAUUUCAAAUCUCCCAGCUGAUUAUACAUUAAUAUCAAUACGUAGAAAACGGAUAGUCGCGGAUUUUCUUCCAACGGAUCAGUCGCAGGAAUCAACAGCUCUUAGACUUCAACCAUGAGCUCCAACAAGAUUGCUCUUCUCAGCGUUUCGGACAAGACGGGCCUGCUCGACUUGGGAAAGAACUUGGUAGCCCUCGGCUUCGAGUUGGUGGCCAGUGGCGGCACUGCCACCGCCCUUCGAGGAUCUGGACUGAAGGUCAAGGAUGUAUCCGAGAUCACUGGAGCCCCCGAGAUGUUGGGGGGACGUGUGAAAACUCUCCACCCGGCCGUGCACGCCGGAAUACUGUCCCGCACCACCGACACCGAUCUGGCCGACAUGCGCAAGCAGGGCUUUGAUCUGGUCCAGCUGGUGGUGUGCAAUCUGUAUCCCUUCACCAGCACCGUAGCCAAGCCAGACGUCACCCUGGCCGAUGCGGUGGAGAACAUUGACAUUGGGGGUGUGACCCUACUCCGGGCAGCGGCAAAGAAUCACCAGAGGGUGACGGUGAUCUGCGAGGCGGCGGACUACGACCGAGUGUUAACUGAGCUGAAGGCUGCGGGUGACACCACCCUGGAGACUCGUCAGGCUCUCGCCCUGAAGGCUUUCACCCAUACUGCCAGCUACGACGAUGCCAUCUCGGACUACUUCCGGAAGCAGUAUGGAUCUGGGGUGUCUCAGCUGCCCCUGCGCUACGGCAUGAACCCCCAUCAGAAACCAGCUCAGCUAUUUACCCAGUUGUCCCAAUUGCCUUUGAAGGUGUUGAACGCCUCGCCGGGAUUCAUCAACCUGUGCGAUGCCCUCAAUGGCUGGCAGCUGGUCCGGGAACUGAAGCAGGCUCUGCAAUUGCCGGCUGCCACCAGUUUCAAGCACGUCUCCCCAGCAGGAGCCGCAGUGGGCGUAGCCCUGAACCCAGCUCAGGCUAAGCUUUGCAUGGUGGACGAUCUUUACGAGCAGCUGACUCCUCUGGCUACGGCCUAUGCCCGUGCUCGCGGAGCUGAUCGUAUGAGCUCCUUUGGCGAUUUCGUGGCCUUGUCGGAUGUGUGCGAUGUGGUCACCGCAAGAAUUAUCUCCCGAGAGGUGUCCGAUGGCAUUAUUGCUGCUGGCUACGAGCCCGAAGCUCUGGAGAUCUUAAAGAAGAAGAAAAAUGGCGGCUAUUGUAUCCUGCAGAUGGACCCCAACUACGUGCCCUCGCCCGUGGAGCGGAAGACUAUUUUCGGCCUGACUUUGGAGCAAAAGCGCAACGAUGCCGUCAUUGAUUCCUCUCUUUUUGCCAACGUGGUCAGCAAGAAAGGUCCUCUGCCCGAGGCAGCUGUGCGGGAUCUGAUUGUGGCCACAAUCGCCCUUAAGUACACCCAGAGUAACUCCGUAUGCUAUGCCCGUGAUGGCCAGGUUAUCGGCAUCGGCGCCGGCCAACAGUCCCGGAUUCACUGCACCCGCUUGGCUGGAGAGAAGGCCGAUAACUGGUGGUUGCGUCAACAUCCCAGUGUGGCCGGCAUGAAGUUCAAGGCUGGAGUGAAGCGAGCUGAGAUCUCGAAUGCCAUUGACAACUAUGUGAACGGAACCGUAGGCAAGGACAUGCCCUUGUCGCAGUUCAACGGAAUGUUCGAUAAGGCUCCUACCCAGUUGACUAACGAACAGAAAGUGGAGUGGCUGAAGCAGCUUAAUGGCGUGGCCUUGGGCUCCGAUGCGUUCUUCCCCUUCCGGGAUAACAUUGACCGUGCUAGACUGAGUGGUGUCUCGUACAUUGCCAGUCCGGCCGGCUCCACCAAUGAUGCUGGCGUCAUUGCGGCCUGUGAUGAGCAUGGCAUCAUCAUAGCCCACACCAACUUGCGAUUGUUCCAUCAUUAAGGAACAGGUUGCCUUGAGUAUACGAUUUUCUUUACGAAUAUUACAGCGAAAAGACAUUUUAUAACCAGUUAAUAGUAGUUACAACAUUUUAUCAACUAUUUUUGAUAUGCAUUUUUAGAAACAUAAGAAGUACCCCCUAACUGCCUUAUCUCCAUUCCGAAUAAAAAGCCACUUGCCUUUUACUUAGUUAAACAAA